CUAGUCUUCUCUUGUAUCUCCACUUGAUUCCAUUAAAUUGGAACAAUAACCCUUCAUUUAUUCUAAGUUUAAUUUUUAAAUUAAAAAAUCAACCACGGUAUGCUGUAGUUAGAACUCCCCCGCAAAUUAAGCAAAUCCGGAAAAUAACCCAAUUUUUUGUGAUAAUCUGUUUCAUUCCCAUUGGCAAACAAUUUUCCUAUACAAUAUAAAUACCUAACAAUCUGCCCCUGCUGUUCUCCCACAUCUGUAUGCCUUGUGCCUGAAAAAAAAAUUCACCGACAAGUAUCAGAAACAGGUAUCAGAAUUUUUCUUUUUCUGAUACCUGACUAGCAGCAUCUGAUUAUAUUUUCCGCCCAAACCCUAAUUUUAUAGCAGCCAUGGAUAUCUCUCGAGGUUUCAUCAAGGAUGUCAAGCGCGUUGUAAUAAAGGUUGGAACAGCUGUUGUCUCCCGAUCAGAUGGUAGACUUGCACUUGGCCGUCUUGGUUGCUUGUGUGAGCAGGUCAAAGAAAUGAUUUCUGAGGGCUUUGAAGUUAUUCUUGUAACCUCUGGUGCAGUUGGAGUUGGAAGGCAAAGACUUCGGUAUCGACAAUUGAUCAAUAGCAGCUUUGCGGAUUUGCAGAAGCCUCAGGACGAACUUGAUGGAAAGCCAUGUGCCGCAGUUGGUCAGAGUGGUCUAAUGGCUCUCUAUGAUAGUAUGUUCAGCCAGCUGGAUGUGGCAUCCUCCCAACUGCUUGUAACUGAUAAUGACUUCAAAGACCCAGAUUUACGGACUCAACUCAGUGAAACUGUAAACUCAUUGCUAGAGCUUCGUGUAGUUCCCAUCUUCAAUGAAAAUGAUGCAAUCAGCACAAGGAAAGCUCCAUAUGAGGAUUCUUCUGGGAUUUUCUGGGAUAAUGACAGUUUGGCUGCUCUCUUAGCACUUGAGCUGAGAGCUGAUCUUCUGAUCCUUCUAAGUGAUGUUGAUGGACUUUACAGUGGACCUCCAAGUGAUCCUCGUUCAAAGCUUAUUCAUUUGUACAUAAGAGAAAAGCAUAAUGAGGAAAUUACCUUUGGUGAAAAGUCCAGGGUAGGACGAGGUGGCAUGACAGCAAAGGUGAAAGCUGCCGAUGCUGCAGCAUGUGCUGGGAUCCCUGUUGUAAUUACUAGUGGGUACUCCACAGAUGGUAUUGUAGGAGUUCUGCGAGGUGAUCGUAUAGGCACACUUUUCCACAAGGAUGCUAAUUUAUGGUUACCAAAAAAAGAUGUCAGUGCCCGUAAGAUGGCAGUUGCUGCAAGAGAUGCUAGCCGGCGUUUGCAGGGUCUUUCCACUGAUGAACGACAGAAGAUUCUACGAGAUGUAGGAGAUGCUUUGGAAGCAAAUGAGGGUUUGAUUAGAAUGGAGAAUGAAGCUGAUGUAGCUGUGGCACAAGUAGCUGGCAUUCCGGAGUCCUUAAUUUCCCGUUUAACACUUAAACCUGGAAAGAUAUCUUCUUUAGCGAAGUCCAUACGAGUUCUUGCAGACAUGGCUGAACCCAUAGGACAAGUUAAAAAAAGAACAGAGCUGGCAGAUGGGCUUAUUUUAGAGAAAACUACCUGCCCCUUGGGUGUGCUCCUAAUUAUUUUUGAGUCUCGACCUGAUGCUUUAGUUCAGAUUGCUUCAUUGGCAAUCCAAAGUGGGAAUGGCCUUCUUUUGAAGGGUGGCAAAGAAGCAGUUCGAACAAAUGCCAUUUUGCACAAGGUUAUUACCGAUGCAAUUCCUGAAUCUGUGGGAAAGAAUCUUAUUGGCCUUGUAACAUCGAGAGAUGAAAUCCCAGAUCUGCUCAAGCUGGAUGAUGUUAUAGAUCUUGUCAUUCCAAGGGGCAGCAAUAAACUGGUUUCACAAAUUAAGGAUUCAACAAAAAUUCCUGUGCUUGGUCAUGCUGAUGGUGUUUGUCAUGUGUAUGUUGAUAAAUCAGUGAAUUUGGAUAUGGCAAAAAGCAUCAUAUUGGAUGCUAAGACAGACUAUCCCGCUGCUUGUAAUGCCAUGGAAACACUUCUUGUAAAUGAAGAGUUACUGAAAACCGGGGGUCUUGAUGAGCUUAUUUUAGUGUUACAGACUGCAGGUGUAAAACUCUAUGGUGGUCCAAGAGUUAGCAAUCUUCUGCAAAUUCCAAGUGCUUCUUCCCUCCAUCAUGAAUACAGUUCCAUGGCCUGCACUUUGGAGAUAGUAAAGGACGUCUACGCAGCCAUAGAUUAUAUUCACGAACAUGGAAGUGCCCACACAGAUUGCAUUGUGACUGAAGAUACCGAUGUUGCAGAAGUUUUUUUGCAUCGGCUAGAUAGUGCUGCCGUGUUUCACAAUGCAAGUACACGGUUCUGUGACGGAGCUCGGUUUGGUCUUGGUGCUGAGGUUGGAAUCAGUACCAGUAGAAUCCAUGCACGGGGACCUGUUGGAGUUGAAGGGCUGCUGACAACACGAUGGCUACUGAGAGGUCAUGGGCAUAUUGUGGAUGGUGAUCAUGGUGUGACCUUCAACCACAAGGAGCUUCCACCUGAACCUCAGUUGAAGGAUUUAAAGAACAGUAAAAUUGCAAGCAAUGGUGUUCAUGCCCCUCAUCAUCAUGGAAAUCAUAGUCUACUAGCUAACGGCUUCUGAAAAGCUAGAAAGCCUAGAUUAGUAAUACUUUCUUCUACCCUUUUGUGUUGGUAAGGACUAUUCAGGCAAUAAUACAUAGCUUAUGAACACAGAGUAACCUCAAUAACCUGACAAAGCACCCUCUUGUUUGAACUUUGAGGAGUAUCGCCGGUUAUGUUGUAUCAUAUCCUAGUUUCCUGGUUUAUGAUUAUUCUGAUAAGUUGAGCUGCACCUUGUGAUAUAUCUAAUUAUUAUAUCAACAAUAUUUUGUAUAAAUCUAUUCUUGUCAACGCUAGUUGCUUUUGGCAAACACUGUCAGAUUAUUGUUAUUCAAUUUUGAUCCUAAAUAUUGUUUGGUAUCAGGUUAGUUCAGUCUAUAAUGUACACUGAAGUUUCCACCCGUGGGUUCUUAAAUUUAUGUGAUAAGCCUAGACAAAUGGCGCUAGAUCUUCAAUGCCAACAAUUAUCUUAUUGUUUA